AUGGGAGAUGAAUUCCCAUCUUUCUGUAGAUUAUGCAAUAUACCACUGGCUGGCUCAAACGAAUGGCGACAGCAUGCAAAGAGUGAUUCACAUGUCUACAACCUUCGUGUGAAAAUAGCAGAACCUGGGACCAUUGUGCUGCCCUUAUUGUCGUCAAAUGGAAGAGUGGCUGUUGAGGCAGAGGGCGAUACUCCCCAUGAUGGCGACAACGAUGAUGUCAUUCCAAAGCCUUCCGAAAUACCGGAAAUAGAUCCUGCACGAUGUCUCUUCUGCGGUGCACGAAAUGGCACCUUUGAGAGCAAUCUCGCACAUAUGUCCAAGGAGCACAGCUUCGUUAUACCAUAUCAAGACUACUUGGAAGUCGAACCAGAGACACUUGUUGAAUACCUCCAGGUUGCUAUUUACGGAUACGGCGAGUGCAUCCUUUGCGCCACGCGCCGUAAUACUGUCGAAGGAAUUCAGCACCAUAUGAUGGCCAAGGGCCAUUGCCGCUUGAACUUUGCCUCGAACGUCACAGACCUCUACAAUAUUCCGGAAAAGAAAUUUCAAGCUGCCGGAGAGUUAUUGCGACUGCCGUCAGGCAGACUAACCGGUCCCCGUGGUUCAUCAACUGGAGGAACUCUUCGAAUGAGAGGACGUUCGCUAGGAGAGAGCCGCCGUAUGGAGCCUAUAAGGUCACCGCUGAGGACGCCAUCACAUGAAUCAAAGCUUAUUGCGACAGAGUCUGAUUAUACUAUAGCGGCCUCGCAAACCCAGCUCUCACGACUGUCCCGAGGUGAUCAGCAAAGUCUGGCUCAUUUGUCCAACCACGAAUUGAGAUCACUACUUGCCAUAAGUGCAAGGCAUGUCAAUCAGUCAAAUAGAGAAGAGAGAGACGCAGAACUCAAGCUUGGGAUAGCAGGAAACAUGAGCUUAACGGGGAACUUUAGAAUGGACACAUCUAAGCGAUUCAGAGGCCCUUGGGGAUAG